AACGGAUGACACAACUAAACAGUGAGUUAACUAUAAGUUAUUUAUAUUUUCAAGUUUUCAAAAAUAGCUUGUAAUAUGAAGUCUCAUUUGUUUUGAUAGCAGGGGAUGGAUUCAUCAGAUGAAGAGAUAUUUGAGAAUUAUGAAGAGGGAGCAUUGUUGAGUACAAGAAUAUUGAGAGAAAGGAUUGAAAUGCUCCACUCCUAUGAUGAUGAAGAAUUUGUUUAGAGAUUUCGACUUUCAAAAAUGACGUGUCUAUUUAUAAGUAGUAAAAUGGAAAAGAAGUGAAAUCAAAUACAAAUAGGAACCUCCCAUUAUCCCCGAUAAAUAGACUGUUAGUGACUCUGAGAUUUUUUGCUACAGGGACGUUUCAAAUGGUAUCUGGAGACCUUGUGGGAGUCAACAAAUCUACUAUAAGUAGAAUUGUGGCUCUAGUGACCGAAGUUCUUAUCCCUCAUUUGAAGGACCUCAUCAAAUUCCCCACUGACGAUAAUGAACUUUUGAAAAUAAAAAGUGAAUUUGCAAAAACUAGGGGGUCUCCUGGGGUGUUGGGGGCGAUAGACUGCACCCACAUCCCUAUAAAAUCACCAGGUGAGCCAAAUGCUGAACUUUCCAGGAAUAGGAAAGGAUGGUUUUCCAUCAAUGUGCAGGCUGUAUGUACUGCAUCAUUAAAAUUUUCAAAUGUGGUGGCACGCUGGCAUGGCUCCUGCCAUGAUAGCACAAUAUUAACAAAUAGCCGAUUAUGGGCUCAACUUCAAACUGGAGAGAUCAAGAGGGGCUAUUUGUUGGGAGAUAGAGGGUAUGCUUGCAGUCAACAUCUCCUAACACCAGUGAUUAACCCUGAAGACCCGGCAAAAGUCCUGUAUAACAAAUCACAUAUUCAAACAUGAAAUUGUAUCGAAAGAGCAUUUGGCGUGGUGAAAAGAAGAUUCCCAUGCCUAUCGAGUAGGUUAAGGGUAAAAUUGCCAACUGCAUUGAGGUGCAUAGUCAUUUGCUUCUGCCUCCAUAACCUUAUUUUGGAAAGAAGAGAGGUUGAUGCUCCUGAUGAUGCAGCUGUCAUCCAAUAUCUACGACAUUUUCCGGAGGUCGAUGCUGCACUCAAUCAACAGGAAAAUUC